AUGAGUGCAACCACUGAACACGGAUCCAAUAACAUAUGGUCGAAAUUUAGGAGUUCAACGAAAUCUUUUUCCACUUCCUUUGCCAGUCUUUCAGUCAAUUCAGAAAAGGAUGGAGAUUCUCCAACGUCGACUUUGGUUCAUAAAUCGUUAGUAAAAUUCUAUAAGAACCAAGAACCCUUUCAAGGAUUCCCAGGUUGGCUAGGACAUAAGGAGGAUCUACCAGAUGAACAGAAAAUUUUAAGGAAACAGGCUCAGUCGCAUCACUCCACGGCGACAUCGAGUUCAGGAAGUGGUGAAACCACUCACGGACACCAUAAGUCAUCCAGUUUUGCCUCUGGAUUAAGACAUUCUGUAGCAGAUAAGUUGUCUUCUUCAUCUUCUUCGUCAAUGCCAGAGGUGGCUUCUGCGCCAGUACGAACAACUGCAGGGAUGUCGUUCCAUAAUAUCUAUAACAAAGAUACUUCAGCAACAAGUGGAGCUAUUUCUCAGAGGGGUGAUCCACAGCAGCAAAGACCGCAGUAUGCUUCUCGAUUACAUGAGAGUGAGAGUGGUAUUGCGCAAUCAUCCAACACGACUCCGGAACGACCAAGACCUAACUUAAGUACCUCUUCAUCAUUAUUAAUGAGAGAACGUUUAAGAAGAAACAAUACCAAUCCAAGAUCUGCGUUUUAA